CCACCUUCUAAGAGACAGAGAUCAACGAGCCACCACAGCUACCAGUCCCAGAACCUGCCAAUGCUGGGGAACGGAAAAUGAGGGAGUUCAACUCUGGCCCUCACAAUCCAGUGGAGGAGAAGAAAAUCAUCUGCCUCUGUCCCUCUGGGCACGCCUCAUGCCAGGUUGCAUCUGUGGACAGGGGCCAUGCUCCUGGGCUUCGAAAGUUGGAGAAAGCUGCCAGGCUCAGGUCUGAAGGCCAGAAUUCUCCAGUAAGUCCUGCUGAGUCAAGGUGGGAGCAGGGUUGGUGGCUUCCGAGGCUCUGCGGGAGAAUCCGUUUCCUGGCCGUGGAGGUGGCCUGCUCUCCUCAGCUUGUGCUGCCCGUCUCAAAGGACUGGAGAUUCCUGCUCUGUCACUACACCUCCCACCCUCUCCAUCACCUGCUCUGCUCUUAUAAGGAUCCAGAGAAAUGGAAUAAUCGUGUUGCUGAUCUACGUAAACAAAUUCAAGAAUUGUCUGAAAGAAAAUAUGCUCGAGCUGUAAAAGCCAAAGAUCCGGUGAUGAUCCCAUACCCUUUUUUCCAGUCUCACGUUGAAGAUUUUUAUGUAGAAGGCCUUCCCAAAGGAAUUUUUUUUUUUUUUUUUUUUUUUGUUUGAGAUGGAGUUUUCACUCUUAACGCCCAGGCUGGGGUGCAAUGGCGCAACCUUGCUGGUCACUGCAACCUCUGCCUCCUGGGUUCAAGAAAUUCUCCUGCCUUAGCCUCCCAAGUCGCUGGGAUUACAGGUGCCCACCACCACACCAGGCUAAUUUUUGUAUUUUUAGUGGAGAUGGAGUUUCACCAUGUUGGCCAGGCCAGUCUCAAACUCCUGACAUCAAGUGAUCUUCCCGCCUCGGCCUCCCAGAGUGCUGAGAUGACAGAUGUGAACCCAUGCCUGGCCAGGAAUUUUGUUUUUUAGAAAGGCUUUCUACUAAUGGAAUUCCUGGCCUUGAGAGGAUAUUACUUUCGAAGGAAAGGAUUUUUCUGUUAUUUAAAGAACCACCUAAGCUGAAGAUUCCCUUGAGAACAAGUACUGUCCUGUGGUUUCAUGACCUUUCUUCCAUUUGUGGUUCUUGUGAAGUGGAAUUUAAAUGACAUCUUAUCAAGAUGGAUAAACCCUAGUUUCCCAGUGCUGGAAUAUAGAAAAUGAUGGACAAGUAAAUCCCACUCAGCACCCAUAGUCCAGGCAUGGGGACCUCAACACACCUGAGCCCCAGACAUCACCUUUCAUUAAUGUCUUUUUGUCACUUCUAGCUGGACCUACCAUGAAAGACUUCUGAAUCCAGGAAGAGAGACUGACUGGGCAACAUGUUAUUCAGUUACAAAAAGACUUGGACUGUAACUCAAAAAUGAUCAAAUAAUAGUGCAUGCAUCAAGUGCAAUGGGAAGCUCUUCUGGAGAGGGAGAGAAGCUUCCAGUUAAGGUGACAUUGAAGCCAAGUCCUGUAAGAUGAGGAAGAGUUGUAUGAGAGUAGGGAGGGGAGGGAAGGGGGAGGUGGAGGGAUGGGGAUUGGGCUGGGAUGGGAUGGAGUGAGCUGCCCAGGCAGGGAAACCAGCACUAUACAGACCUGAACAAUGAAGAUGGCACAUUUUGUUCAGGGAAUGGUGAAUUAAGUGUGGCAGGAAUGCUUUGGAGAGACGGUCAUUUGCUUGUAUGGAAUUUUGCCCAAGAGACCUCAUUACAGUUUCUAAUUUUUUGAUGUUAUCAUGCAUCACUGCCCUUGUCAGAUAGUAUCAUGAUCACAAUAACAUCAAGCAUAAUAUUUCAUUGAUUCUCACAAAAACAGGUGGGUGCCACAGUUAUCCCCAUUAUGUGCACAAAAUGAUGAAGACUUGGGGUUAAUGAGCGAUUUGCCCAAGCUCACCUGAAUAUUAAGACUGAGUCAAAUGUUAGUCUGGUCUGACUUUAAUGCUUGCCUUGUUCAUGAGCACCAUCCAUUGCCUCUCCUAUGCAGUUAAGCAGGUAGACAGGUGAGAGAAGAGCCUGUGUGAUAUCGGGGGAAAUUCACCCCUGAUAUUUCAUGUAGGUUCUUUUCUAUUUUCCCUGAGUGUCAGCCGGUCUGAGAAAUAAAGGGAAAGAGUACAAAAGAGAGAAAUUUUAAAGCUGGGUGUCCAGGGGAGACAUCACAUGUCGGCAGGUUCCGUCAUGCCCCCCAAGCCGCAAAACCAACAAGUUUUUAUUAGUGAUUUUCAAAAGGGGAGGGAGUGUACGAAUAGGGUUUGGGUCACAGAGAUCACAUGCUUCACAAGGUAAUAAAAUAUCACAAGGCAAAUGGAGGCAGGGCAAGAUCACAGGACCACAGGACUGGGGCAAAAUUAAAAUUGCUAAUCAAGUUUCGGGCACGCAUUGUCAUUGAUAACAUCUUAUCAGGAGAAAGGGUUUGAGAGCAGACAACCCAUCUGACCAAAAUUUAUUAGGUGGGAAUUUCCUCGUCUUGAUAAGUCUGGGAGCGCCACACGAGCCCGGGGCUUAUUUCAUCCCUUAUCUAUGACUGUAAAAGACAGCCGUCCCCAAAGCGGCCAUUUCGGAGGCCUCCCCUUAGGGAUGCAUUCUCUUUCUCAGGGAUGUUCUUUCCUGAGAAAAAGAAUUCAGCAAUAUUUCUCCUAUUUGCUUUUGAAAGAAGAGAAAUAUGGCUCUGUUCCACCCGGCCCACAGGCAGCCAGAGUUUAAGGUUAUCUCCCUUGUUCCCUGAAAUUGCUGUUAUCCUGUUCUUUUUUCAAGGUGCCCAGGUUUCAUAUUGUUUAAACAACUUGUGCAGUUUAUGCAAUUAUCACAGGGUCCUGCGGGGACAUUCAUCCUCAGCUUACGAAGAUGACCGGAUUAAGAGAUUAAAGUAAAGACAGGCAUAGGAAAUCACAAGGGUAUUGAUUGGGGAAGUGAUAAGUGUCCAUGAAAUCUUCACAAUUUAUCUUCAGAGAUUGCAGUAAAGACAGGCGUAAGAAAUUAUAGAAUUAUUAAUUUGGGGAACUAAUAAAUGUCCAUGAAAUCUUCACAAUUUAUGUUCUUCAUCCGUGGCUUCAGCAGGUCCCUCCAUUCGGGGUCCCUGACUUCCCACAACACGUUUCUCUCUACUCACAGACUUCUGACCAAAUGUAUGUGCAGAGUUUCUACACCGAUUCUCCAACUCUCUGGAUACCAACCGCAUAUCCCGCAAUUGCAUUCUGACACUACCUAGAGUUAGCGUAGAACCCACAGGUUAGGGGCUCAGUCCCACAAGACCACCCUCACUUCAGAUGCCAGUUGCAAGUCCUAGGUUGUCACCUGUAUUUUGACCAACCAGUUAGAAAUCAGGGUUUCCCAUGACCUUCUUCUUGAGUUUAAUUAUUUACUAGGACAACUCACAGAACUUAGAAAAACAGGUUUUUUUCUUUUCUUUUUAAGAGACAGGGCCUCGCUCUGUUGUCCAGGCUGGUGUGCAGUGGUGCAAUCAUAGCUCAUUGAAGCCUCAACCUCCAGGGCUCAAGUGAUUCUCCUGCUUCAGCCUCUCACAUAGCUGGAAUUAUAGGGUUCCCACCACCACAUCUGGCUAAUUUCUUUUAUUUUUUGUAUAGAUGGGGUCUUCUUAUGUUGCCCAGGCUGGUCUCAAAUUCCUAGGCUCAGGUGAUUCCACCCACCUCUGCCUCCCAAAGUGCUGGGAUUACAGGCAUGAGCCAGCGCAUCUGGCCACCUUAUUUUCUAUUACUGGCCCAAUGUAAUGGCUCCAUCUCAGGAACAGCCAAUGAAAGAGAUGCACAGGACAAGGAAGUGACUUCACAAUGACUCAAGCUACCAUAUACUGUUGAUUGUGAAAUGCCAGUUGAAGCAUAUGUCCUGUGAGCUUAGGGCUGCUACAGGUUGACCACUGCAGCAGUAAAGAUGACUCUGAAGAAUGGCAUGGGAUGGAUCCUUUCGAAUGCACUUGAGCAGCGGUCUCCAACCACAGGGCCACAGAGCUGGAGGUGAGCAGCAGCUGGAUCUACCAUGAACGACUUCUGAAUCCAGGAAGAGAGACUGACUGGGCAACAUGUUAUUCAGGAGAUGGGGUCUCACCCUGUCACCCAGGCUUGAGUACAGUAGUGCUAUCAGCUCGCUGCAGCCUUGAACUCCUGGGCUAAGGAUCCUCCUACCUGAGCCUCCUGAGUAGCUGGGACUGUAGAGUCUCCCUCUGUUGUCCAAGGCUGGAGUGUAGUAGUGCUAUCCCAGCUGACUGCAGCCUCAACCUUCCAGGCUGAAGCGAUCCUCCCAUCUCAACCUCCCACGUGGCUGAGACUAUAGGUGCUUGCCACUAUGCCCAACUAAUAUUCGGAAUUUUCCUAUACGUGGAUUCCAGAGGGGUGACAGUGAAACGAAGUGACUUCACAAUGACUCAAGCUACCAUAUACUGUUGAUUGUGAAAUGCCAGUUGAAGCAUAUGUCCUGUGAGCUUAGGGCUGCUACAGGUUGACCACUGCAGCAGUAAAGAUGACUCUGAAGAAUGGCAUGGGAUGGAUCCUUUCGAAUGCACUUGAGCAGCGGUCUCCAACCACAGGGCCACAGAGCUGGAGGUGAGCAGCAGCUGGAUCUACCAUGAACGACUUCUGAAUCCAGGAAGAGAGACUGACUGGGCAACAUGUUAUUCAGGAGAUGGGGUCUCACCCUGUCACCCAGGCUUGAGUACAGUAGUGCUAUCAGCUCGCUGCAGCCUUGAACUCCUGGGCUAAGGAUCCUCCUACCUGAGCCUCCUGAGUAGCUGGGACUGUAGAGUCUCCCUCUGUUGUCCAAGGCUGGAGUGUAGUAGUGCUAUCCCAGCUGACUGCAGCCUCAACCUUCCAGGCUGAAGCGAUCCUCCCAUCUCAACCUCCCACGUGGCUGAGACUAUAGGUGCUUGCCACUAUGCCCAACUAAUAUUCGGAAUUUUCCUAUACGUGGAUUCCAGAGGGGUGACAGUGAAACGUGAGUAAGCAUGGAUUUUGGUAUAUGCAGAGAUGGGGGGCUGGAACUAAUUCUGUAUACUGGGGGACGACUGUAUAUGUUUUUACAAUUAUGCUGUAGGAUACAUACUGUUGCAUAGCCUUGAAAAUAAUAAUUUUUAAUCGAGUGGAAUAAUAAUAAUAUUGAUAAAAGUAGCAGCUGGCCAGGUGUGGUGGCUCACACUGGUAAUCGCAACACUUUGGGAGGCUGAGGCAGGAGGAUGGCUUGAGGCCAAGAGUUUGCGAUAGGCCUUGGAAACAAAGGGAGUCACCAUCCCUACAGAAAAAUACAUGAAUUAGCCUAGUGUGGUGGCAUGUUCCUGUAGUCCCAGCUCCUUGGUAGGCUGAGGUGGGAGGAUCACUUGAGCCCAGGGAGGCUGAGACUGCAGUGAGUCAUGAUCAGGCCUCUGCACUCCAGCCUGGGUGACAGAGUGAGACCCUGUCUCAAAACGACAAAAAAGUAGCAGCUAACAUCAACUGACCUUUUACCAGGUACCUAUUAAUACCAUAGUUUAAUUUCUUAUAACUGUUUCUUAUUUCACUUACCAACUCUGUCUUCAGUUACUCCCAGAUUUUUACUGUGUUUGUACAGAUGACCUUUUGUUUAGAUUGAAUUGUCUCCCCAGAAGUAAGAUUACUGUGAGUCACGGUGAAUGGACGUUCUCAUUACCCUUGAUGUAAAUUGACAAGGUUUUGGGUGCCUCCCAGCUAUAAUCUUAGCACUUUGGGAGGCUAAGACAGGAGGAUUGCUUGAGGCCAAGAGUUGGAGGAGGCAGUAUGGCAGUAUGGUGAGACCCUGUCUCUAUUAUUUUAAAAAAUUGACAAGCUUUACCCUGGAAGGCUUAUACACAAUUUAAACACCCCUUAUAGUAUAAGAAAGUGCCCAUUUCACUGCACCUUUGCCAGCACAGGGUAUUAUAAUUUAGUAAGUCAUUUUUUGUUUGAUUAUUUUAAAUAGAUAAAAGAUCUCAUAUUACUUUACUUGUCACAUUUCAACAUCUUUCCUUAGCUUAUUAGCUCUAUUUCUUUUCUGUCUGUAAAUGGUUGUUGUUGUUUUGUUCUUUGAGACAGGGUCUUGCUCUGUCACCAGGCUGGACUGUAGUGGCAUAAUCAUGCCUCACUGCAGCCUUGACCUGCCAGGCUCAAACUUCAGCAUUCUGAGUAGCUGGGACUACAAGUGUGUACCACCACUCCCAGCUAAUUUUUGUCUUUUUUUGGAUAGAGACAGGGUCUCACUGUGUUGUCCAGACCAGUCUCUAGCUCCUGGCCUUAAGCAAUCCUCCUGCAUUAGCUUCUGAAAUUGCUGGAAUUUCAGGCAUGAGCCACCAUGCCUGGCCUGGGCUAGUCCUAUAUUCUCUAGAGUUCUCUUUACUUUGUGCUAGCCAAUCUCUCAUUAUGCUGUUCACCUGUUAUAAUGAAUAAUUCUCUGUAUUAAAUUUUACCACUUUAAACUUUUGAGUGGUUUGUGCUUCCUGAUUGGACUCUGACUAAUAUGCUAGGAAGGGUCCCAGGAGAUAAACCCACACAGAUGGGAUUUGGACAUAGGUUUGGUUUCCCAGGGGGCAGUGCUGAGCUCUUUGCCAGUGGGAAAUGGGAUGCUGGUGAUUUCCAGGAAGUGACCUCACAAUGACUCAAGCUACCACUUACUGUUGAUUGUGACAAAAUGGCAGCUGAGGCACAUGCCUUGGGAGCUAAGUGGUUGCUGCACUUGACCACUAUGAAGACUGGUGUGGGAAGGGUCGUUUUGGAUGCACUUGAGCAGGGGUCCCCAACCCCUGAGCCGUGGAGCCGUAAGGAGCCACACAGCAGGAGGUGAGUGGUGCCAAGUGAGGGAGUGAGGGAAGCUUGGUCUGUAUUUACAGCCACUCCCCUUUGCUCACAUUCCUGCCUGAGCUCCACCUUCUCAGAUCAGCAGCAGCAUUAGAUUCUCAUAGGAGAACGCACCCUGUUGUGAGCCGUGCAUGUGAGGGAUCUAGGUUGCGCUGUCCUUAUGAGAAUCUAAUACCUAUUGAUCUGUCACUUUCUCCCAUCACGCUCAGGUGGGACCAUCUAGUUGCAGGAAAACAAGCUUAACACGCCCACUGAUUCUACAUUAUGGUGAGUUCUAUAAUUAUUUUAUUAUAUAUUACAGUGUAAUAAUGGAAAUAAAGUGCCUAAUACAUGUAAUGUGCUUAAAUCUCUUGGCCCAGCUCCUACCUCCCGGCAGCCUCUCCAGGCCCAGAACUUUCUCCAGUCAGCCUCUACAGACCAAGCUCAUGACUCACAAUGGCCUAUUUAGGCCCAUACCCUACCUCACAGCAGUCUCCGCAGAUGAGGCUACUGCCUCACAACAGCCUCCACAGGCACAGCUCCAUCGUUACAAUGGCCUCUUUAGACCCAGUUCCUGCCUCCCAGGCUUCUCUCCAGGCCCUGAACUUUCUCAAGUCGACCUCACCAGGCCCAGCUCCUGCCACUCGUUGGCCUCCCAAGGGCCAGCUUUUGCCUCACGGCCACCUUCCAAGACCCAGCUCCUGUUGUACAGUGGCCUCUUGAGCCCAUCUUCUGACUCCGGGCAGCCUGUACAGGCCCAGCUCCUGCCUUACAAUGGCCUCUUUAGUCCCAGCUCCUGCCUCUUUGCAGGAGGCCCAAAUGUCCUCAAGUCCAGGCCACAAAAUCCAGGGCCAAAAUGUCCACAAGUCGGCCUCUCAAGGCCCAGCUCCUGCCUUUCGUUGGCAUCUCCAGGCCCAGCUGCUGCCCCCAGGUGGCCUCUACAGGCCGUGCUCUUUCUUCUGACUGUGUCUGGAGGUCCAACUCCUGCCUCAGAACAACCUCUUUUGGCUCAGCUCCUGCCCAGCUCCUAGUGGCCUUUGUAGGCCCAAAACUGCCUCAAGUCAAGCUUUCCAGGCCCACCUUUUGCCUCCCAAUGGCCUGGACAGGCCCAGCUCCUGCGUGACAAUGGCCUCUCCAGGCCCAGCUUUUGCCUCACAGAAGCCUUCCCCAAACAAGGUCCUACCUGCCUCCCAGCAGCCUCAACAGGCCCAGAUCCUGCUUCACACUCAUCUCAUUAGGCCCAGCUCAUACCUCACCGUGACCUGUCCAGGCCCAGCUCCUGCCCCUCGACAGGCUGUCCAUGCCCGAAACUUCCUCAAGUCGGCCUCUCGAGGCACAGCUCCUGCCUAACAUUGGCCUCUUUAGGCACAGCUCGUGCCUUGGUGGCCUCUCCAGGCCCAGCUCCUGCAUCCCAGCACCUUCUCUAGACCGAGAACUUUCUCAAGUCUGCCAUUCCAGACCCAACUCGUGCCUUCCGUCAGCAUCUACAGGCUCAACCUCUGCCUCACAGCACAUUUUCCCAGCCCAGCAUGUGCCUCACCGCAACCCCCUAGGCCAAGCUCCUGCCUUUCAGCAGCCUCUACAGGCCCCACUCCUACCUCAAUGGCCUCUCUAGGGCAAACUUAUGCCUCACAGUGGCCAUUCUGGCCCAGCUUUUGCCUUUUGGCAGCAUCUCCAGAACCAGAACUUCCUCAAGUGGGCCUCUCCAGGCCCCGCUUUUCCUCCCAGUGGCCUCUGCAGGCCCAGACUGUUGUCAAGUCGGCCUAUCCAGGGUCAGCUCCUGCUUCCCGGCGGCCUCUGCAGGCCCAGGUCGUCCUCAAGUCGGCCUCCCCAGGCCCAGCUCCAGCCUCUUGGCGGCCUCUCCGGGUGCAAAAGUUCCUCGAGUCAGCCUCUCCAGACCCAGCUCCUCCUGCCUCCCAGUGGCCUCUUUCAGCCCAGCCCAGCUCAUGCCUCCUGGUGGCCUUCCCAGGCCCCACUUUUGACAUUUGGCGGCCUCUGCAGGCCCGAAUUUGACC